ACUGCAAUAACACUUGCAUCCCACAGCAACUAGGGACGCCGCUGACCACACCUUUGGUGGCUGAAACCUGGAUAAAAACAAAAACUGAGCAGCGUUUCUCAAUAUUACAUCCAAUAAUAAUACACCCUCCUCCUGCAGUGGCAGAAUGAUGUAGAUCGUAUACAUACAGAUCUAGCUUUUUUCAUAGCACUGCUUAAAUGCAUGCUAGCUAGGAGGAACUGAUUGAUGUUUUAAUUUUCUGUCCAUUUUUUUUUUUGGAGUGAUCAAAUGCAUUUUAUAGAACAACGGAGGCAAUAUCUGUUUUGGAUACACAAAUGGCUUUUAAUUUAAAGCGUGCACAUAACUAUUUUUGCAUCGCGGAUUUCUAUGGAGUGGACAGAGCCUAUGGAUUGUGGAUAGCUGUUAGCGACACAGGGUGCCCUUUUCAGAAGAACUGGAAGACACCUGCCCUUCUCGGAAUGAUCACAAAGUGUUUGAUGACAAUUGGAAUGGUUUUAUUUUUAUUGCAACCUGUCCUGGCUACGGAGGAUCAAGGGAAUUAUGAAACAUCAGCUUUUGCAGCACUCUCACAGGAUCCAGUUGCAACAGUAGGACCUUCCCAUUUGUUAGCAACGUUGGUGCUAGCAGAAGAAGAGUCAAUAUCAGCAGUUAACCCAGAACCAUCUGGGUCAUCCGAAAGCACAACAGAGACCCUAACAAGUGACAGUACUGCAUUCCAAUCAAUACAUACUCUGUUAACUAGCUCAAAAACUGCAAUGCAUAAGCCAACUUUAGUGCAAUCUCCAACGUCCCCCAUCACUCCAAACAAUGGAAGCCAAACGACAAGGUGGCCUUCAGAGGUGUCAACUGAAGAUUCAGCGUCUUUAACUUCAAAAGAUGCAGCUGCAGUGACCAGCGCCUCUACCUCUAGCUCAGGUUUGACAACAAGUACCAUGCAUUCAGCAUUAUCCCCAAACCAGUCAGUACCAUACACUGAUUCUACAAUACCAUCCCUGUCGAUAUCUACAGAGACAUCUUCCAUUUCAAAAGAACCUACAUCUGGCUCAUCACCAUCAACCUCUUCAUUGACAACUACAUCGCUUCAUCUUACUCAGACAUCAGCUAACACCAUUGCCCUAACCCAGUCAACUGUAAAGCCCACUGAAGUGCCUUUCACAGCAGAAACACUAGCCUCACUUGGACCAAGUAGUGGUACAACAAAGUUGGUUACUCUAUCAGAUAGUGUAUAUUCUACCAGCAAUGGGAUCACAGUGCCAAAUGAGACUUCUCAGGGUACAGAAGCAAAUACACAUACAGCAGAAACAACCAUGUCAACCUCUUCCUUCAUGACAACUGUCCAAACAACGAAUAAGGACAUACCUGUGACACACCCAACAUCAGUGGUGCCAUCUGUUGCUACAGAAUACAUUCUGAGUACUUUUAGUGAUUAUUCUACCAUAGGAUCAGCUGAGACCUCAAAACCUACAACGCUUACUUCCACAGGGUUCCCAGCGGUGAUGACAACAUCCCAAGUGAACCAGAAUGAAACUAACCAGACAACCAAUGAUGUUUUCACUGCUGAUAGCAGGACUACUGUUUUAUCAUUGUCACCCUCUGUGACAACAGAAUAUCCCACCCCAGCUUCAGUAACAACGUCGUCUCUCAACACUCAUGUUUCUUCAAGAAUAACAACAACCACAGUAAGUCAGACUACAAAAGAAGUAACUGGUCAUUUUUCUUCACAAACCACUCUCUUGUACAGUACAAAACCAACAGUCUCAACAAGCUUGCCAACUUCCACAUCAGCAGGUUUUAUUACUGUCGAUGAAACAAGUACCGUUUCUGAUUCUCAGCAAACAACUGUGUCCAAUAGUGUGACUUCUUCAACUGGUCUAACAGUAUCAGUCAAUGGUUCUUUGCCAUCCCCAACUACAGUUAAAGAUAAGACAACAUCAUUAACAAGUGCCUUUCCCACAAUGGGAUCUACAGUGCCAUCAAGUACAGAAGAUACUACAAGUGGACCUCUUCCAACUAAAAACGGGACAAGCAUAGUAAGCACAAGACAGUCAACUGUUUCUUCUUUUGUUUCUGUCAGUGAAACAGCAUUUACAUUGUCAACCAUCAAGCCAGAAGAUACAACUGAGGUAACUAUCUCCCAGACACAUACCACAGGGCCUCCACUUUUUAGCACCAUGACACCUGCCCAUACCUCAACAACAGAGCUAACUUCGCCUACUGUUUUUUCGACAGAACAUAUGACCAAUUUACUGUCAACUCCAGAAUCCACAGUUUCCAGCUCAUUUACAACCAGGGUGACUGAAGACACAUCGACUGAAAGUCAGACCACUGUUCCAGUAGUUACCUCAACCAUACAAGAACUUUCAACUCUGACAGGUCCCACUGAAAAUAUAACAAUACCUUCAACAAGCUCUCUACCCAAUUUGCCCUCACCAGUGGCAAGUUCAGCUUCCACUGGUGCAACUUCUGCACAGUCCACAGCUUCAGUCAACGUUUCUUUUUCAACAGCAAGUCCAACAACAAAAGUUGCAACCGAUAGAACCACCAUCUUCUAUAGCUCCUCACCUAUAGUUUCAACAAGUUCCACUUUUACAUCUGAGGGUUUAAUUACGGGUGACAAAACAAGUACUGUUUCUGAUUCUCAACAAACAACAUCUGAUGGUGUAACAUCAUCAACUUCAGUAUCCAUGUCAGAUACUACUUCAGGUAGUGUCACAGAGAGGAAUACCAAUGCAUUUACUAGUGAGGUUGCCACUGUUUGGUAUACCACAGAUUCCAUCAAUGGUUCUUCUAACCCAUCGCCAACUACAGUGACAGAUAAGACAAGUACUGCUACAGAGGUAUCAUCAUUUACAAGUGCCUUUCCAACAAUGGCAUCUACCGUGCCAUCAAGUACAGAAGAUACUACAAGUGGACCUCUUCCAACUGAAAAUGGAACCAGCAUAGUUACUGGAACACAGACCACUGUUUCGUCUAUGGUUACUACCAAUACGACUUCUGGUUCUUCAGAUUUUACAUCAGCAGUUCAUUCAUCAGUGGAACCAACAUCUACAGGGUCUCUUACAGAGUUCACUAAUUGGUCAUCUACGUUGCCCACUACGUCACCAACGGAACUAACUUCGACCGUUUCCUCUUCUGUUACAUCUUGUUCACUUACAUCACCAGGGAAUUCAUCAAUGGAGCCAACAUCAGUGCCAUAUACGGGUACAGAGUCUGGAAAUGGGUCAACUACAUUGGCCACUACGGACUGGCUCUCAAGAAGUACUGAAGUGUCUACCACCAAACCUGAAGAUACUACAGAGGUCUCCACAUUCCAGACCUCCACAGAACCUGCGCUUUCUAGCACCAUCACAUCUGCUAAUGCAUCACCAACUGCAAAUGUUAACACUUCUGCCAUUACAGAUGCAACAGCAAUGGUUAACUCAUCAUCAACUCCAGAUAUCUCAGUUUCCAGCACAGAAGACACAUCUUCUAAAAGUGAGCUCACAUCAACUGUUUCACCAGUUACCACCCCACAAGGACUUACAACAAUGGUAACACCCACUGAAAACCAAACAACAAACACACAGACAACUUUGUCUUCCUCAGUAUCAGUAAAUUCCUCUUCCACUACUGAAUCUGUAGGGUCCACAGCUUCUAUGACAACACUAGAAGUGAACCCAAAUGAGACUACACCUGACCAGACCACAAUUUACCUUUCUUCUACAACCAGCAACAUUAACAUGACAACUUCUUCAUCAACAGAAUCACCCACCACAUUGUUAACACCAUUUUCUAGCCCGAUACCAUCUUCUGAAAGUACAGAGACAGCAACUUCAGAAACGACCAGCACUACUGAAAGAACCACCUUCAUGUUGUCUUCACCUUCUGCUUCGCCUGAGGUUUCUACAUUCCAAACGCAUUUCACUGAGCCUCCACUUUCCAGCUCCAUGACACCUUCCCAUACAUCACCAACAGAAAUACCUUCUACUGUUUUUCCAACUGCAAAUGUUACCCAUUCUGUCAUUACAGAGGAAAUGACUACAGGAAAUAUAGCCUCAACUUCAGGGUCUACUGUUUCCAGCUCAUUAACAACUGUGGCAACUGAAGGAACAUCUCUGGAAAGUGUGACCACGACAACUGUUCCAUCACUUACUUCAACAACCAUCACAGUCAACACCACAACAGCUGACACAGUUGAGACUACAUCGACACAAUUGACACCAGCAAGUACAACACACACGACACACGUUACUGUCACAAAUGUGACCACUCCAUAUACACCAACAACCACUCUUGCAACACCCACAACUGCUAUGGCCAGCACAACACAAACAGGCACACCACCUAUUUCAACAACACAAUUAGUUACUGACACAGAGACGGUAGUGACUUCUGGAGGAACAUCUGUAGCCCCAGAGACCACAGAAACCUCCUCAUCCCCUUCAGUUACAAUAACAGCAGCCUUAACUUCCAUGAUUACUAUGUCAUCGCAAACAACCAGGGACACUGCUUCCACUGUGCAAAGCACAACACGACCUCCCAGUACUACCACAGUAAAGCCUCCACUGGAAUGCAAAAUUACUGAAAGAAUUUGGGUGAAAACAGUUUUGUCUCUGAAACUAAGGAGAAACAGAGUCGAUGAUGCACUUAAACAGAAUCUUAGGACUGGACUCACACAGGCAUUGCAGAAUGCUUUCAACAACAGUGCUGUACAUGCUCAGAUUGAGUCUCUGACGGGUACAACUAAUGUGACAGUUGGUUACUACGCUACAAACGGCAGAAUUGUCUACAUCAGUGCUGUUGUCAUUAAAGUGUUAACUGAUUAUGGGGAUUUGAUGAGUGACAUUAAACAGCAUGUGACUAAUGUUCAGUCACUCCCCAUCCCAGUGGCUCCCUGGAUCCCUACUCCUGCUCUAUGGAUGCAGCUUAAGACAGUCCUCAGGUUUGUGGGGGCAAAUGACAAUAUCCAAUCCUGCAAUUUUGUUCAGACCAUGGAGCAAAGGCUCCAGAAUGCAUUCGCAGAAGCAGAGUCAAAGGUCUUGAAUGCAAACAACAACCUCACUGUUCAGAUUUUGAACACAUCUCAGUCGGCUGAGUCCCCAGCUGUCACUUUGAUCUAUGUGGUGUGGAACCAGACUGUGAUGCUGAAUGGAACAGUCUCCAGCUCCCUCCUCAAUCAGCUUACCGCAGAACUGGUGGGCUAUUACCUGUUCUUCCCACCUCUGAUAAUUGCUGAACCACUGAAGUAUAACAACCUUGACACUUCACCUUCAACAAAAGACUACUGGGUGACUACAGUCAUUCAAGACGUUGGUAAUUCCUCCCUGAAUGGAAACUACCAGAGCUUUGCCAGCUUGAUGGAGCAGCGGCUGGCAGAACUCCUUGUGAUCGCCCAACAGCAGGGGAGACGAUUCAGACGAGCCACCACAGUGGGGAGCUACACUGUUCAGAUGGUGGAAAUGAAGCGUGUUGAAGGUGCAAAGAACCCCGUUGCAUUGACCUACUAUGUCCUGCAGAAUGGCACACCAUUGCUAGGCACUACCACAGCAAAAAUCCUCAACACUAUAGACUCCCAGACCAUGGCCUUAACACUGGGAUACUUUGUGCAGCUGCAGGCGGAACCUGUGGUAAAGAAUCCCCCAAACAACCUGUGGAUCAUUGCAGCAGUGCUGGCUCCCAUUGCUGUAGUAACUGUUAUCAUCAUCAUUAUCACUGCAGUGCUGUGUCGGAAGAACAAGAACGACUUCAAAUCCGACACCAUGGCCAACAUGCACCAGCGGGCCAAGAUAGAGGCGAUUUGUAAUCGUUCUUAUCUUCUGCAGCCAGUGCAGGGGUUUGACUACGCCAAGCAACAUCUUGGGCAGCAGGGUGGAGAAGAAGAAGAAACCAGCCCUGUGACACAGGAAACGGGAGUUUUACCACUUCCUGUCAGAGAUGCACCUCUGUCUCAAGAGAGAGGGAUUUCACAGGAUGGAAGUACUACAAAAACAACAAUGACCAGUGAAAUAAGCAAAAGCAGGUUGCCUAGCGGGGACAGUUCGGUCAUCAGUAACGCAUCAGGAAAGCCCAACACAGGCAGAAUAUCUCCGCAGAAAAUGACAACACAACAGAAAAUGAAAAAGGAAGAGUCAAGGAAGAAAAAUGGUUUAAGAUCCAAAAACAGAAUCGUCCCAAUGAGUGAUGAAGAGGAUGGUGCAGUUCUUUUUGACCGGGUGUCCAGAUCUUCACCAGAUCCCUAUGAUACGUCUUCUGGGUCACUGCAGCUAAUCGCUAUCAAACCGCUGGCAGCGCCUCCCAGCAACUCGCAUCCAGACUCGGACAGGAGCCAGGACUCUGCCGUGAUAAACGGAGAAGUUAACAAAGCUUUGAAGCAAAAAUCAGACAUUGAGCACUACCGGAACAAACUGAGACUCAAGGCGAAAAGAAAGGGGUACUAUGACUUCCCAGCCUUGGAUGGUAACAGCAAGUCACUCCCUCAGAAACAGAGGCACAUGUACGAGAAAGCACAAAUGGAGCUUGACAAAGUUUUGGACCCAGACGAAGACAUGUCCUCCACUUACGUCAAGUCCAAAAACAGACAAUCCCACAUGAAGAGCCCUGCAUACAGAAGCAAGCAGUCUCUAAACAGCCCGAGCCCAGGUGGAACUGAGAUGGACCUUCUAGUGACGAGGGAGAGGCCCAGGCGUGGAAUUCGAAACAGUGGAUAUGAUACGGAGCCAGAGCUUAUAGUAGAAACCAAUGUGGACCAUGUUGCUGGGCCUAGAGGUUACACCCGGGGUCGUCAGGUCAAGGGUCACUCUGAAACAUCCACACUUAGCUCCCAGCCUUCCAUUGAUGAAGUCCGGCAGCAAAUGCAUCUGCUUCUGGAGGAAGCGUUUAGUCUGGCCUCUGCUGGUCAAGCAACAACAAACAGGCAACAGGGACAAUACAACCCCGUCCAGCAGCUACCCUUUUCAGAGGUAGUGACCAGUGCACCUGGAACGAUGAACCGACCCAGGGGAGCGGUCCAGUGGGUUCCUGCAUAUAGCUCUGAUUUAUACCAGUACAGUUUGCCAAGACCUGCCUUCAGGUUCUCACAGCUUUCUGACAUGGCUAUGGGUUCCCCUCCGCCCCCUGUACCUCCCCGAAGCGGGCCUGCAGCUGUCACCUCGCUCCGACGUUUUUUUCCCGUCAGAUCUACUUCAGAUAUUGGAACUAAGACAAGGACUUCUGAACCCAUUGGUCCAGAACAUCAGAGCCAGCAUGACGCUGCCCCAUUUGUGCCAGUCACGAGAGCAGCUUCUGUGGAUCAGCCUGUCUCUAAUUACUCAGGAAACCCAGCACCAGCAGUUUAUGCCAUACCAGCAAACCGGCCUGGGUACUCAGGCUACUUCAUCCCAACUCCCCCCACCCCCUAUAGGAGCCAGACCUGGAUGCCAUACCCAGCUGAAGGGAAUGUGCCGAGCCAGUGGGCUGAAGCUGUUCCCUUACCAGGGUAUGUGGAAGCCUAUCCCCACUCCCGUUACCAACAAAACAGCCCUCCCAGACUUCCUCGGCAGUGCAACCAGGCCUCAUCCCUGCACCCCACCCUGGACCAGGCUCUGACCCCUUCAACCACAGCUUCCCAGCAGAGCCUGACUGAGAACGACGCGUCCGACACCUCGCUCACCAACAUCUCCACGGCAGCUCUAGUCAAGGCAAUACGAGAAGAGGUGGCCAAACUAGCAAAGAAGCAGACUGACAUGUUUGAAUUCCAGGUCUAGUGACUUUAGCGUUAAUAGCAAUAGUUGCAAAAUACGAAGUGGAGACAAACAUGCAGCGUCUUGAUGGAUUCUUGCCUUGACUGAAACCGUAACCUGGGAAAAGCAAGACAUUCAUUUUUAAAAUGCCAUCAGCUGCUGCUGUAAUUGCAGACAGUAGCAGGAUCUUCAUCAACAGACUUGUCUUGCACAUCCACAAGCAGUUGUCUAGUGCUGUAUUUAAUUAGCUUAUGCAGAACCUACUAAAGGCCAUAAGAGCAUAAACUAAUUAUUUCUGUUCUGUGGGGCUUUUAGCUGUACAU